UGCGCACAGCAGUGGGCAAGCAGGUAGUGACGUCACCGGCGCCAUAUUAAAGAUCCGUUGCUGUUUUCUCCGUGUCGCUGUUGCCAUCUUUCUGUUUCCAGUGGACUCGGAGAGACCAGAGAGUAGCACACAUACCUCCACAAUGGAAAUCGAUACACUUCUGGGAGCAUUUAGAGAUUUCGAGAAGAAAGGAGAAAAGGAAACCUGCCCCAUGUUGGAUCAGUUUCUGUCCCAUGUUGCAAAAACAGGAGAGACCAUGAUUCAGUGGUCUCAGUUUAAAGGUUACUUCCUCUUUAAACUGGAGAAAGUGAUGGAUGAUUUUAAAGCCUCAUGUCCAGAGCAGCGGGGACCUGCCAAUCCAAAUGUGGAGUACAUUCCCUUUGAGGAGAUGAAGCAGAGGAUUCUUAAAAUCGUCAGUGGAUACAACGGGAUUCCUUUCACUAUUCAGCGUCUCUGUGAGCUUCUUACAGAGCCGAAAAGAAACUACGCGGGAACAGACAAGUUCCUCAGGGGUGUGGAGAAGAAUGUGAUGGUGGUCAGUUGUGUGUAUCCUACCUCAGAGAAGAAAGGAUCAGGUUGUGUGAACAGAUUGAAUGGUGUCAUGUUCCCUGGCAACACUUCAGCGUUUCCUGAUAGAAAUGUGAAUGGUCCAGGAACACACAGGCCACUGAACAGACCAAAACUUUCCCUGUCCAGCAGCGUAGCUACUAACGGCCUUCCUGACAGCACAGACAGCAAAGAACAAGCAUCAGAGCAAUCAGACAGAACGGUCAAUGAGCCUUCAGCGUCAGAAGCAGACGGUUCACACGGUGGUCCAGUGAAAUGUAAACAUCUUGAAGAUGACGAUGAUGGUACAAACACUGAGACUCAUGAAGCAAAGAGACUCAAGUUCGAAGAUGAGGAAGAUGACAAUGAGGAAGGAAUGGAGAAAGAGCUGGAUGAAAAGCAGUCGCCCUGCACAUCGGUAGCAGAGAGCUCAUCGGAUGUACCGCAGUCUUCCUCAGACAUCACUGCGGAGGUGAAGGAUAAUAAACCUGAAGAACCCGUCUCUGAAGACCAAGAACCCUCGAGUACACAGUCAGAGGUCGUAGAAAACGGGGUUGGCAAAUCCACUUCGGAAGAUUCACCUGACCCUUCCCACAAUCAGGCGACCGGCAGUGAAUCAGAUCUAUCAGAACAGCGGUCGGAGAGGGACGAGAGCGCCGAGGCUCAGGAAACGGACGAGAGAAAUGACCCAGUCAGCAGUAGUAGCAGCAGCAGGAGCAGCAAUAACAGCAGUGACGAGGGAGUGUCCAGUGCAGAGACUCCAUCUGCAUGUCCCAGCAGUUCCACUGAGCUGACGGCAGAGGGCAGUACCACUGCAGAAAUCAGUUCGGACAGCUCAGAGACUGCAGAUGACACCAUGGAGCAAGACUGAAGUUUGAUCGCACAUUAUUGAUUUUUACACUCUACUGUACAAAACCCCUAAAAUCACUUAUCCUGCAAGUUUAGCAGAUCCUUUAUAGACCAGGAGAGGAGGGCAUUCUGGUGACCUCUUGUGACACAUCCACUCCUUAUGACCCUUCUCUUAAUAUGGGCUCUUUGAAGAACAAAAACUGGAAGCUCAUCUUUCUGGUGGUUGAGCGGAGCGUUUGCCAUUGACUAACUCGAAUGCCUUGUGUCCAUAGCAGUUUUCUGUAAUCCUGUUCUAAUCAUGGGCAGCCAUCAACUCUACAUAAACGCAUUCUAAAGCUGUUGGGUAAAACAUCUUUCAUCUCUCUCCUGUUCUACUAAGAGUGAAAACGUGGCAAAUCUUUGGUUUGUGUGAAUGUGUGCAUAUGUUUGUAGGGGUGAGGGGUGUGUGUGCACUUCCUUUAGUUUAGUCCAGUCAACGGAUGAUCUCAGGAUUCCUGUUGACCGGCAGACCAGUGUCUAAACAUUCCAGGAGAACACCCCGUUCCCCUCAUAUUGCCUUCUGCAUUCAUCUGCUGGCUUGUAGCACAAAGUGCUCAAUAGCAGCAUUAGACCGAUUUCCUUUCUUUGCUAUUUUUCUUUUAUUUUUAGAUCCUUUGAUUUUAACUGCCUUCCCAGCAUAGCACCGACAUGUAUUAAUCCUCCGAUGCUGGUAAAUAGAUUCUAAAAUGGACUAAUGUGAUUUCCCAUGCACUAGAUGGUUGAGUGCUGUUGGUUGCAAUGUAACUUAAUAUAGUGAGCCUGUCUUUUCGACUGACAACUUGAGCUUAACCACUAUUGAGCCAUCCUUAUUUGUUAUAAGAUUUUCAUUUAGUUUCAUCAAACAAUGGCAAACAUUUGUUAAAAGGUUAAAAUAGGCAACACUGUCAACACCAUCUCUUAAACUGUACUUUUCAUGCUUCCUACAGACUUGUAUACAGGCUGUUCUACACAUACCUAUUUCCACAGCUCCUUUUUGAUAUGUAGAAUUUUUAAAUUAGAUUUUGUAGAUUAUAAGUGUUCACUGCUUUUGUGAAAAGUGAAAAUUGUAUGAUCUCCAUCAUGUGAACUGAAUGCUUGGGAUUUCAGCCGUAUUCCUGAAGAGCAAUAAAUGUUCACAUUAAAA